AUGCCGGAGAGACGUUCCCUGAGAUCAAACAGCAAGUCAGAGAUACCCUGUUCCGCUAACGAUAAUCAAGCGUUUUGCAGCUCACAGUAUCCAAGUUCCAACAAGGAUAAGCCCGCGCCCGCCCGCUCUACUGCUAACAAGUCCAAAUCCGCUGCUCCCUCCAAGAAGGCCGGAUCCACGAAUAGCUCCGCAGACUCCAACAUGGGGAAGGGCGAUCAGCGACAGGCCAACGGCUCGGAUCCGACGAAGGAUGGUGCGAAGGGUUCUGAGGACGUCGAGAUGGGAGAGGAUACGGCAGUGCCCCCUACCAAGGGUUCGAGGUUAUCCGGCGGUCAAGGUCCGGACAAAGAGGGUGAUGUUGCGAUGGACGAGGGCGAUGAGUCCAAAUCCGAGCCUAAGAUUGAUCCCAAGGUCAAGGCCAUCCAAGAUAUCAAGACCAACUUCACCCUCCUCGAGCGUGCCGUCACCCAAUUCGACCCCAGAUUUACACUCCGCGUUUUGCGAUCGAUAUCCUCGAUGCGCAAACAUAUCACGGCCGACGUGCUCUCAGAAGUUAUAGUGGAGACUUACCCGCCAUCGAGUCUCACGGCUUCGUUCUUGCUUGACGCCAUCGAUCGAUCUGGCGCCAUUGAAAGCGCUGUGGCUAGUUCGGAGAUGGAAGUCGAUUCGGAAAAGAACAAGUCUUCUCCCAAGGAGAUUUUGCCAGAGGUGGACACUUAUUUGUCCAUCCUUGCCCAGAUUUACCUGUAUGACAAGAAAGACAUUCAAAAGGGUGCCAAGUUUUCGACAGAGUUGAUCGAGCGUUUGCGGACGCUGAACCGCCGCACUCUUGACUCGCUCGCUGCUCGCGUUUACUUCUACUACUCCCUUUUCUUUGAGCAAAUUGCCCCUCUUCCCCCGUCUCCUGCGGCUACGGUCACGUCGAUCCGCCAGCCUUUGCUGGCAGCGCUCAGGACUGCUGUCCUUCGAAAGGAUGCAGACACCCAAGCGACGGUGAUGACGCUGCUGCUGCGCAACUACCUGUCGACAUCUCACAUUUCGCAGGCCGACUUGCUCAUCUCGCACAACCAAUUCCCUGCUUCUGCGUCCAACAACCAGAUUGCUCGGUAUCUAUACUACCUGGGCCGUAUUCGCGCUAUCCAGCUGCAGUACACUGAUGCCCACGACAACUUGAUCGGGGCCACCCGGAAAUCGCCUACCAGCAACAUUGCGCGUGGUUUUUACCAAGCAUCGCACAAGCUGUUGGUAGUCGUCGAACUGCUGAUGGGUGAUAUCCCUGACCGCGCAAUUUUCCGACAGCCCGCGCUUGAGCGUGCCAUGCAUCCGUACUUCCUUCUUUCUCAAUCAGUCAGUGUGGGUGAUUUGGAUGGCUUCUUGAACAUUGUAACCACACAUACCGCUACGUUCAGAAAGGAUGGCACGUACACCCUCAUCCUCCGUUUGAGACAGAACGUCAUCAAAACGGGUAUUCGGAUGAUGUCGUUGUCCUACUCGCGCAUCUCCCUGCGGGACAUCUGUCUCCGUUUGGGCUUGGAUAGUGAAGAGUCGGCGGAGUACAUCGUUGCCAAAGCAAUUCGGGACGGUGUAAUCGAGGCCAGUCUCGACCACGAGAGUGGUUACAUGAAGAGCAAGGAAGUUGGAGACAUCUAUGCCACCAGAGAGCCUGGUGAGGUCUUCGACGAGCGUAUCCGGGCAUGCUUGGCUCUUCAUGACGAGAGUGUCAAGGCUAUGAGGUUCCCAAUGAACCAGCACCGUCUUGAGCUGAAGAGCGCGCAGGAAGCCCGGGAACGUGAGCGUGAGUUGGCCAAGGAGAUUCAGGAAGGGGACAUGGAUGAUGAGGAUGCUGGUGGAGACUUCGAUGCGAUUUAA